GUGAAAAGCUGCCUGUGUGUGCAGCCCAUGGAAGAAUUUUAGGCGUGGAACACAACUUCAAGCUGGCCGCUGAGGUGCUACAAAGCAGUGCAGGGAGUAGCUUUUGGCAUUAUUUUGUGAAUGCACCUUGUAGAAGCCCUUAUGGCUUACGGCAGCAAGGGGUGUGUAGGAUCCUCUUGCAAAGGCUGUGUUGCCAUUCAUUUUUUUUCUGUGCCUUGUGAUGGACUGGCUGACAAUGGGAGGCUCUGUGGCCUCCUCGGAACUGCCAGGGGGGCAGGAUCUUCUCUCUCCAACUCUGGAGCAGCCUCUGCAGCCUUUAAGAGUGAAAGCACUCUGUCCUAAACUUUGAUUAUUUUUUGAUGAACCUGGUGCCAUGGGUGGCUUUAGAAUCUGUUGAAUCUAGAUUGAAUAAUUAUGUGAAUAAUGAAGGGAAGUAGUUUAAUUUUGAAACUCCAUUUCAGUUAUGUUGAUAGAACUGGGUAUUGCUGUUUCCUCCUCUGUGAGAAACAUUGUUGCUAUUGACUGAUCCUUUUCCUGUUCUAAUGUAGCUCAAAGAAGGAGACAUGAUCCCUUCGAACUGUGAAGGGGUGCGAGGACAGAAAUACCUGGGAAAAGGAAGGCAGUGGAAGUAUUGGUUACCUGCUGACAGAGGGGUUCCCAGUUCAGCCCAGUCUCCUUGCUGGAUCUCCUGAAAGCCGUCUAGGACGUGACUUGGAGAUGUUACUCUUUAGUAACAGGUGAUGGGACAAGAGGAAAUGGCUUCAAGUUGUGCCAGGGAGGCUUAGAUUGGAUAGUGGGAAAAAUGUCUUUACUGAAAUAGUAGUGAAGCCCUGGCAGAGGCUGCCCAGCGCAGUGGGGGAGUCUCUGUCCCUGGAGGGGUUAAAAAACCAUGCGGUCGUAGACUGGGAGUGUUGUGUUGAUGGUUAUACUGGAUGAUCUUGGAAGUCUUUUCCAACCUCAGUGAUUCCGUGAUUCUAUGAAGGCAGACAAGUUCAGGUAAGACACGAGAUGUGGGAUUUAACAGUUAGGAUAACUGAGACAGUGGAGGAUCCGCCCUCUAAAAUCGAGUUCUUGUGACUGAGCACCUUGCUGGAAGAGAAGCUUUUGCCAUACCCAAGGUACUGAGUCCAGGAAUCUGGGAGGCACUGUCGGAUGAGGGAUCAGAUCGCUGGUAGUGGUUUCAAUGAACACCUGGAGAGUGCUCUGAGAAGGGGCAGCUGCCCUGGGGAUGGGUUUGCCCAAGCCCUUGUUAAAAAUGUCUCUUCUCUUUGGCAGAUCCUUGAGUUCUUGUAAUUAAAGAAGCAAAAUGUAUUUAAACAAGAAUGUUCAAACAUUGAAUUGCUCAGGACAUGUUUUCCAGUGUGCUGAGUUGCUAUGAUAAAGAUGAGGAGGUGCUGCGAGGUGGCUCAGAGCUUUCCUGCUUUGAGACAUCAUGGGCAAACGUGUCUUCCAUAUUGUUGCCAGGAACAGAGGGAGCAGACGGUGCUGCUGCUUCUUCUACCCUGACGUGGUGGAAGUGAUAGGGUUUGUGCAGAAGGUUCUCAGUCUUCGAGGACAUCCAUGCUUCUUCCUUGUCCUUUUGUAGGAAGAGCCACAGCAGUCCCAGUCCCAGUUCCGUCUCAGAUCCUGGAAGUCCUUCAGCUCCGGGGAUGGAGUGGGUGGACUAGAACUGCUAUUACAUUGAGCCUGGCAGAGGAACCAGGUCUCUCUCUCUUCUCCCACGACCAGCAGCAGCUCUGCUGAUGGCUGCCUGAUGUCUUCUAUUUACAGCGGAGUGGGAGGAGAGCAGAGCCUGUGUGUUUCAUCGUCUGGGAGUGCAGGUGGCUGGCUCUGUGAAUGGGUGAGGAGGCGGAUCUGCUGCAUGCCAGGAAGCAGAGAAGAGCUGAACCCAGAUGCCCUUUGGUGGCAAUGUGCCUGGAGAAGCUCUGGCUCCUGGGAAGCAGAAGGGUGGGGUGUCAGCGACUGCUUAGGUUUCCCUGCCUUCCAGAAAAGGACCCACCUCCCCUGUGCUCUUGCUUUGGAGGUUUCAAAUGAGAGCAGGACACCUCAGCUAUGAGGCGACGUUGAAACCGCCUGAUGAUUGAGUAACAAGUCAUGCCGUACUGCUUCUUGGAAGCACAGGGGAGCUCUUGGCUGAGCAGGAGAGCUCUUGGGCACAGGUGGCACCCACCAACUGGUUUCUGAGCCAUCGGUGGCUUUGGUGUGAACUGAUGUCUCCUGGCUCCUCCUGUGCUCCCACAGCCACUGCAGAUGGUGCCGUGCAGCAGGGCAGCUGGAGUCCUGUCUGCGUGUGGGCAGGAGGUUCUGCUUCUCACAUCUAAACUCCAGAGGGGCUGGUGCCUCACGGGAGCAAGAUGCCAGCUCAGCCUACCCAAGCGUCUGCUUGCAACUUACAAUUUGAUGCAGGCUAGGAAUUGCUCAGAGCCUGCUUCGGACAAGGCAGAGCUUCAAGGUGAUGUGUGAGCACUGGCUGAUGGAACCUUGUGCCGACAGACAAUGUUACUCCUGUUCCCUACGAGAGAGUAGGAACCUGGGUACAAAGAUGUUAAGGAGUUGAAGGUCAUGUAAAUCAUGUCCAUCCAGGUGCUCUUCCGCUAGCUCUCCUGCUGUUUUGUUUUAGCAUCAUUGCCAGCACCAGUGUUAGGCAUCCCUGUGUGUAGACAAGGCAGCAACAUCUUUAUCGUGUCUACCUUAGAAACCCCGGAUAUCCUGCUGAUAACAACUUUGUUAGCAGAUGUCCUAUCUAUUCUCCCUCCUGUGGUCAGGGCUGGGAGGAAGUGGAAGGGAGGCUCUGGUAGAUGGGAGCAGGGCUGUGGACUUCUGCAAGAAAUCACAGCUUGGGGGAAAAGACUCACAAGUGGCUGAGCUGGGACUAGGGUGCGGAAAAGGGAGGUGCUGAAGGCCUUGGACUUCAAGCAAGCUGCUCUCUCCAGCGUGCUCAUGCCCCUGCUGAUCUGAGCAGUGAUGUGAGGAGGUAAUGAAGUGAUCCCAAACCACUUUGCACGUCCAAACCAACACCUCUGAUUCUCCUGUUUGGUCUGAGCAGCUUGGCCUGCACUGCUUCCCAGACUCUUCAGCAGCCUGAAUUCAGCAUCAGUGCUGACCUGGAGAGCGUUUGCACCUUCUCGAGCUCUAUUCAGGAGUUUCUUCUCCCUGUUUAUAACUCCUGGGACUCAGCACUCGUUUCCAAGCUCUUUCUGAAGUGUAUGUUUGCUCUAGUGCGAUCAGCGGCUGAAUCUGGGAAGGGUGAGUUCAGGAGAGGCUGUACCCCUGUACUCUUCUUACUGCGACUACCGAGCUGCAACAGAGCAAGCUGCGAGGAGGUGGAAGUGGAAAAGAAGGUUUUGCUUACUCUUCUUUUUGUCUUGCUACUGUCUGAGCAAGGUGCUAGUGGGAUCCUCUGCUUUGCCAUCAGCUGCGCUUUGUGAAGCAGCGUGGAGACCGCAGCAAGAGGAGGCUGGGGACUCUGGUGCCAUGGAGCUCCCUGGUUACAGCUGGCAGCUCCUGCAGCAGCUGAGUGCCCUCUGCAAAGAGCAGCAGUUCUGCGAUUUCACUGUCUUCAUCUGGAAUGUUCAUUUCAGAGCACACAAUGUGGUUUUGGCUGCUGCCAGCCUGGUUUUUAAAUCCCUGUUGGACAGCAUGGACACCAUCUCCAUCGAUGCUUCUGUGGUGACCCCUGAGGAGUUUGCACUCCUGCUGGAGAUGCUGUACAGUGGGAAACUCCCACUGGGGAAACACAAUUUUACCAAAGUGAUCUCCAUGGCAGAGAGUCUGCAGAUGUUUGAUCUGGCUAUUAGCUGCAAAAACCUCCUCAGGGACCUCAUCAGCUGCUCAGCUCAGGACCAGGUAGUGCAAGAAGUCUCCGUCCAGGCAGGAGGCUCAUCUGGAAACCCUGCUGAAGCCAAUAACCUGCCCCAGACUGGAAAACCUGCUGGAGGGAAAACUCUUCUCCCUCAGAGAGUUUCCCCAUCUCCUGGCCCUGUGGAAGCAGAAAUGGAAGCAGAUGUUUCUCCUUCUGGCCAGAAACUUGCCAUGAAUCACACCUGGAUUCACCAGGAUGCGAUGCUGAGCGACUCCAGAGCCCUGCAGGAGGAUUCAGGCUCUUGUCCGGAUCAGCCUGCCCGUGCUGAGCAGAAGGUGGUGAAAGGGGAGCCUGCUGUGCCUCUUGGGCAGAAAGGAGGAGCAGGGGGUUUAGCAGCGAAGAGCAGAAGCUGUCAACUGGAUUUCUUUUUUCGAUAUGAAAGUGUUUUCGCUAAGGCCCUUUCUGAUGCCCAAGCUGUGCUGAAAAGACUGGAAGAGGGCAAAGAAAUGGAUGCCUCUCAGAAGGAGGCUCUUCCUGCCUGACUGGCGGAGACAGGGGAGCAGUUGCUGUUUGAGAAGCUGCUGAGCAAGGUGAAGGAUGCUCCGACACUGAAGCUUUUUCAAGACACGAAUCUCAAGCUGAGACCAGCUUUGCUGGUGGGGGAAGGAAGCAGUGUGGAAGCCCUGCAGCGAACAGAGAGCACAGACGAGGGAGAGAUGCUGACCGCUCGCUUGCUGGGGCACGGGGAGGAGCUGAUCCAGAGCGUGACACAGCUGAGCCCCAUCGUAGCAUUCCUGGAGUCAGCAGAGGAAGGAUUCCUGACUGCCUCAGAGAAGCGGGUGGUCCUGGACUGCUGUGGAGUCAGUUCUCGGAGGGAAGCCGUAGACAUUCUGCUGAGGAAAGUGAAUGAGGAGAAAACCCUGUAAGCAGAAAGUCUGACCAGACUCCUGGGGGCUGUGAAAGUGUCCUUCCCUGGUCUCCAGCUUCUGCCAGACAACGUGGUGGCAGCAGCAAAAGUCUUUGAUAGCAGAGUAGCCACCAGUGAGAGCACAGCCAUUGAGAUCAUCCUGCACCACAGCAAGCUGAUCUCGGAGUCCAUCCACCAGCGAACGGACCUGAAGGACUUGGCUGCAGGAGAGGCAGGCCUUAUGGAAGCAGUAAGAGAGAUUGAGAUCCUGGGUCUCUUGAUUGAGGGAAGUGGGGAGAAACCUGGGAUCAGGAAGUGGAAGGUGGAUGGUGAAUCCCAAGUUGAAGCUCUAGACAAAGAUGAAGACAAGGCAGGAGUUGCCAGUGCUGAGGAUCUGAAGGAAUCCCAAGAGAAAGCAUCUUCCAAGAAGGCUUUUGUCUUAAAAUCCUGCAAUAAGUCCUUCCACUUCUAUAGCCGCCUGAAGAUUCACAUGAAACAUUUUUGGAUGUCCAGAGUAAAGCAAAUCCGGUGUAAGGAGUGCAGCGAGGUCAAAUCAACAAUGAAGGAGCUGGGGAAGCAUCAGCUGGAGGUCCAUAGGAUGGUGGGGAUGGCCAAGAAGAAGAAACGUCUUCCAGUGACUUGUGACAUCUGUGGCUGCAAGUUUGCUCAUGCCUCAGGGAUGCAGUAUCACAAGAUGAUGGAACACUUUGACGAGAAGCCCUUCUCCUUUGAGGAGUGCGGGGCCAAGUUUGCAGCCAACUCCACGCUGAAGAACCACCUGCAUUUGCACUCGGGGGACCAGCGCUUCAUGUGCAAGCAUUGCCUGAAGACCUUCAUGCACGCCUCGGCCCUCACAUACCACAACCAAGGAGCACUUUCUGCAGGGAAGAUGUACGCCUGCCAGUACUGCAACGCUGUGUUUGCCCAGUCCAUGGAGCUGUCACUGCGUGUCUGGACGAGGGACAAGCCAUAUGUCUGCCGGGAGUGUGGGAAAGGCUUUCACCAGGCCAAUGGGCUCUCCAUCCACCUCCGCAACUUGGUGAAUAUUGAAGAACCCUACGACUGCAAAAAGUGCCGGAUGAGCUUUGCCACCUUGCAGGAGAACCACAAACACAUCCAUGAAGCCCACUCCUGGGAAUACCACCCCUGCCCUACUUGCUCCAAAGUCUUCAGUGCUCCAUCACUCCUGGAGUGCCAUGUAGUGACCCACAGUGGAGGAAAGCCCUUUACCUGUGAGAGCUGUGACGAAGUUUAGCAGCAGUUGUCGGAGUUAUGGUAUCACAACAGGACCCAUCACUCUGAUGUCUUUGCAGCUUAGAAUCACUGCUCCUCCAAGUUCUCUUCCCUGCAGUGCAGCUCCUGUGAUAAAAUCUUCUCCAGCACUGCUGCUCACCAGAAGCAUGUCAAGGUGGAGCACGCAGAUGUGAAGUUCUAUGAGUGUGCAACGUGCAAGGAGCUGUUCCCCACGCUGGCACUCCUUCAGGUCCAUGUGAAGUGCAGGCACUCAGGGGCCCUGCAGAACCAUGUCACCAGCGAGCACUUAAAGCAGACGGAGAGCACCUUCACCUGCGAGCUCUGUGGGGAGCUCUUCCCUUCCCAGAGUGAGCUGGAGGAGCACCACAGUGUGGAGCAUCCCAAGGUCCUCUUCUCCCAAGCCACCACAGCCCAGAUUGUGCAGAUGAUUCAGAUGUCGGAGCAAGAAGCAGUAGAGCACAUCAUCUCUUUGGAUGAGGUCCACGUUCCUGGCUCUCAAGAUUUUAUGAUGUUGCCUAAAUCCCAAGUGAGUGAAGCCGGGUUCAAGCUGAUGACAGUGACCAUGAAGAACUUGUUGGAUGACAAAGUCACUCUGAUUUGUGAAGAACCCAAGUGAGAGCGAGCAGGAGCCCAUGCAUGGCAUGUGGUGGCCACAGGACUGUUUUGGGAGCUGUAUCUCAUCCUGCUGCUCUAGCAGGGAGAUUCCAGGUCUCUUUGGGAAAGCAGCCCGGAUGUGUGAUGCUGCAAGAGAAACAGCGGGCAGCAAGCACAGCAUGGCCAAGGGCAGAAGAGGCUUACAGACAUUCACAAGGGCCUGGGAAGUCUCCCUGCAGUCAGUGGCUGCUGGCUCGAGUGAGCUGCACCACCCGUCCUUCCCAGCUCACAACAAAUAAAGCAGCAGAGGAAAAGAUUGGAACUGCAUGUGUUCACGUGUGCUCCUCUGCUACCAUGCAGAAUGUGGAGGGGAGGAAACCAGUGCAGGACAAAGUCAGGGUGAUGGGGAUAUAAGCAACCAAAGAAAAAGCUGUUCUGAGAAUUCGGGGUAUAGAUUUUGAUAGUGAAUCUGUGAUGUGCUCACGGCUUCCUCUGUGGGGUAAGGACUGCUUUGUUUCUUCUCUUGCUGUUCCCUGCCUGUGUGCCAGCUAGAAAAGUCCCUCAACGCAGAACUGACAUUUGAGCCUCUCUGCUCAAGCAGAGACUUCUUGGGCAGUUGUGCUAAGUGGCUUCAGAGCUGUUUAGGUUCUUGCCUUGUGGAGCACGCUCUGAUCCCAUCGACGUUUUUGCUGCAGCUGUCCAAUACAAAGAAGGAUCACAGGCAGAGCUGGGCAUCCACAUCCUCUUUGCUAGCAAACAACCUUGAAAUCUCCCACCCCUCCUCUGCUUCACCAAGAAGAUGCUGAAGCUGCGACCUCUGAGAAAGGAAAAGGAGCUUUGCCGGUGUGCCAGGGCCCUUUGUUAUUGCUCAGUGGAUUGAUACUAAUGAAGGUAUUUCCAGAGGGACCUUGACAGGCUGGAGAAGUGGGCAUAUGCAAACCUCAUGGAGUUCAAGAAGGCCAAGGGCAAGGUCUUGCACCUGGGUCUGGGCAAUGCCAAGCACAAAUCAAGGCUGGGUGGAGAAUGGAUUUGGAGCAGCCCUGAGGAGAAGGAGUGCUGGGGGAUGAGAAGCUUGACAUGAAUCAGAAAUGUGUGCUCACAGCCCAGAAACCAACUGUGUCCUGGGCAGCACCCAAAGCAGUGGGACCAGCAGGACCAGGGAGGGGAUUCUGCUCCACUCUGGUGAGUGCUUACCUGGAGCCCUGCAUCUGUUUCUGGAGUCCUCAGCACCAGGAAGGACAUGGAGCUGUUGGAGAGAGUCCAGAGGAGGCCACGGGGAUGAUCUGAGUGCUGUAGCAGCUCCAGUGCGAGGACAGGCUGAGAGAGUUGGAGUUGUUCAGCCUGGAGAAGAGAAGGCUGUGGGGAGACCUUAGAGCAGCUUCCAGUACUGAAAGGGGCUCUGGGAGGAACUUGAUCAGGGGAUUCAGAGAUAGAAUGAGGGGAAUUUUUAGCUGAAAAGGGGGAGAUUGAGAUGAGAUCUUGGGGAGAAAUGUUUUGCUGUGAGGGUGGAGAGGCCCUGGCCUGGCUUGCCCAGAGCAGUGGUGGCUGCCCCAUCCCUGGAGGGGUUCAAGGCCAGGUUGGAUGGGGCUUUGAGCAUCCUGAUCCAGUGGCAGGUGUUUGGAACUGGAUGGGCUUUGAGAUCCCUUCCAUCCCAAACCAUUCUUUGAUUCUUUCUGAGUGUGCCAGAGCUGCUGUGACUGCACAGAGCUGUUCCCCAGGGCACAUGGGACAUUGCUUUGUAUGAUGGAGUCAGAUGCCAAAGGUAAAAAUUGUUUCUGUGGUACCAGCACAACGCAACUGCUUCAUUGCAGCACGCCGGCCCCUUUAAGGCUGAAUUUCGUAAAGCUUUUUUAUCUGUAGUUUCCUAAAAUAUAAUCUGAUAAUUAAUGGUUUGCUGAAUCCAUUAUGAAGUGCAAUUAGAGAGAUGCAGGGUUCCUGUGGCUCCGAGGGGACCGGUACCAUUUAUCUUCCUUUUCCCUCAUGCCAAAAGGUUGAACUGUGCCACGGCGAUAUUUCCAUACCGAGCGGUGAUCCUUGCAGCCCAAGCCCCUGCAGUGAGCAGUGCCCGUUCCAUCACACUGCUUGGAGCCACAGGAGCGCAGGAGAUGAGCGGGUUGGAGUUCUCCAGCAGCAUUUUGUGCUUGCUGCUCCCAGCACUGGAGCACAGGAGCGGCUGAGGUGGCUGUGGCAGGAGAUGGUUUCUUGUUCCUCUUACAACUUAGAGCAAAGUGACCAACAAAGGGUGACCCCAGGAGAGGCGCUGGGUGGAACUGAUAUCCCACAAGACAUUUUUGUGCAUGUGACACAAGUGUGUGACCCUCUGGAAGUGUUGCAUGAGUCUUGCAGUGUUCCCAUCUAUCUUUUCCCUGGCUGCGUGCACGGUUUGUCCCCCAGGCUUUGUGGGAACACUGGAAUGGAGGAAGCAUGAGGUUAAGUUGCCACUGAAUCCAGGAAUGACCAGGAGAUGGUGCUCAAGGUCUUGAGGAUUAGUGCUAGUGGCCAGGUGCCUCUGCACCUUUGCUGAAGCUCUUCUCAGCCUUCCCAAGCCUUAUCCGGCUCCUGGGCUAGCAGGUGCAGAGAGACCUUGAGCUACUGCCAAGCUGAAGGACAGCUUCAAGCCAUGGGUAGGACACCUCCAUGUCCUGGGUAUCUCAGCUUAAGGAAGAGUCUGAAACUGGGCUGUGGCCGCCUGUGGAGAAGGUAAAACACAUCUGUUAUUGAGAUAGAGCAGGAAAAGUGCCUGGGAUCCCCCUUGGCCGGGAGGAGAGCAGAGGAGGAACUGCUGAAGACCACUUUACACCUGCCUAGACAUAGCAUAGCUGAGUGUGGCUUUUAGAAUAAGCGCAGGUAUAAUGAUAGAACAGGCAAGUACAUCUUGAUGGUCUCAGAGCAGAUAGAUAUUUUGGGAGAUAAGCUGGAAAUGUUGUCCCACAGGCUGUAGAAGAUGGAAGUUUUUCCCUCUUUUCCAAGUCCGCGGGGGCUGGGAGAUGGAGAAAUUGUACACGGACUGAAUGUGUGCUCUGGAGCAGGGGAUGAAUUGUCCAGGCAGUGCUUUGCAGAUGCCCUAGCCUUGAUUUGAGAGCCAGUAUCUGCAGGGAGUGCGAGAUGGAGCUGAUCUCCCUUUCCUCCUGAAAAACUCUGGAGGAAGAGUAAAAGUUUAGGGAGAUGUUGCCUUAGUUGUGGCACUCUCCUUUGGCAGAGGGAGCUUGGAUAGAAACGAAUGUACAAGUGGUAUUUGACUUUGAUCAAUUUUGUCCUUGUUUAGCGAGUGCUGUCACCAUUGAAGGGGAACGGUGUAAACCGCACAUCAGGUGCAGCUCACACUCAUGUGUCCCGUUUAGGACCAUCCAUCCUGCCUUUGUGCCCAGCGAGAGCCUGUGCAGAUGUGUACUGGGCAGGGUCCUGCCUGCAGCAGGUACUCGGUGAGAUCUGCGGCUGCAGAGACCAUCGAGCACCUCCCAUGCCAUUAGGAGGAGAGAAUAACUUGAAUGCCCCUGUUCCAGUUCCUUCUUGAUGGAUGAAAUAUGUACAGCAGUGCAAACUGUAGUGUUGGCAACACCUAUGUCCUACCUAGGAGGAGUUUCUCAGGGCACAUCCUGGGCUGGCAGGCCCAGCAUGGAAGGUGUUGAUCGCUGGAAACUUCUUGUGCUGCAGGUUCUUUAUUUCUUUGUAAAAAUGAAAACUGGAGAAUGAAAAAUGUGGCUGCAAAAGGUCGGGGAGGAAAAAUGCUUGUUUCUGACAAUGUGAUUUUUCAUAGAAUCAUGGAAUGGGUUGGGUUGGAAGGGACCUCAAAGCCCAUCCAGUUCCACCCCCUGCCAUGGGCAGGGACACCUCCCACUGGAUCAGGGGGCUCAAAGCCCCAUCCUUAAACACCUCCAGGGAUGGGGCAGCCACCACUGCUUUGGGCAACCUGGGCCAGGGCCUCCCCACCCUCACAGCAAAACAUUUCUCUGUAAGAUCUCAUCUCAAUCUCCCCCUUUUCUGCUGAAAAAUGUUCCCCUCAUUCUAUCCCUGCACUCCCAAAUAAUGACACCGCUCGUGACUGUUAGGAAUUGACUCUUCACAACUUUCCUUCUGACCCUGUGUCUCUCCUGUUUAUUGACGGAACCUUUAGAAAAGCCUGGAUGCCACUGGAUACAGCAGCCACUGGGAGCGGCCUGGCUUGGCGUUUCCCGAUGCAAGGUGUAAUUUUUCAGCCCAAGGGUUUUGUAUUUACACAGUUUGUGCAAAUACUGUGCUCUGGGUUUUGGGGUUUUUUUGUUUGUUUCAGUCCAACCCAGUUAGAUGGGCCUUGAGCCCCCUGAUCCAGUGGGAGGUGACCCUGCGCAUCGCAGAGGGGUUGGAGUUAGAUGAUCUUUAAGAUCCCUUCCAACUCAAACCAUAAUAUGAUUCAACCCCUCUGAGACUGGAUGCAAAGAUGCUGCUGCCUUGCCAGGAGUGAGGGAUGGAGGUGGGAGGUGCACAGGGAGAUCUUGGACAUUGCUUGAAGCAUCUCUUGGAGGAGCAGAGCAGGAGGGCAGGUAGUGGUGGCCCAGAAACCUGUGUGAGCCUGGUGAGCCCUGGCAGCUCCUGCCUGCUGGCCAAUGCCGAUGUCUUGGCAGAAUUUGUUAUCACACUGGCGCGCUGCCAGCCAGUCCCCAACAAACUCAAGCACUGGAAAAUGCAAGUGGUGUUUUGAAUGGGCUCCAGCUCAGCAAACGCUGUGCUGGUUUCGCAGGGCAGAGAUGAGACACUUCAGCAGCCAGAGGGAAUUCCCUCUCCCAAAUAUCAAGACCUGGAGUGCUUUUCUGGGAGCUGGGCUCAGUAACUGUUUGUAAAGGGAAGGAGGAGGCCAGUGGAUGGAGAGGACUCGCCUGCCUCUCCCGUAUCUCUUAAUGCCUCUCAUCUCACACAGCCGACCAUACAGUGCCUCACUGCAGUAAAUUGCCCCAAUUCCUAAUUCCCUCCAUUAAAACAGUAAUUCCUCAUCUCAGGUCUACAGGCAGCCUUUCACACAUCGUGAGAGCACAAGCAGAAGUUCUUGCUUUGCCUUCCCUGCACCAGUUAUGAUCUGUUAAAAGCAGGGAAGCUGCCCAGGUUUCUAAUCAUAUUUAAGCAAACCUAAAACAGUGAGCGAGCUCUUAAUCCACUUAAUACAAACCACGUGGGUGCUGUGGGGCACCCGCUCUACAUUGCUCUCAUCUCCAAACGGGAGUGGGGCCAGGAAGCACCCCUGAAUUGGAUCCUGGCCUCUGUUUGCUGUGACCCGCAAUGAAACAGAAAGUCCUUGCUGGCAAAGUAUGUGGGCAAGGCAGAGGCUGGAGCAGCAAUAAAAAGCAGUGGGGAUCCAAAUUGCCUGGCACACGGGUGCGGUUGAGCUGUGCAUAUCUCAGCAUCACUAAAUGUCAGGCUGCUAUUGGAGAGAUAUCUGGCCACGCAGAGAGAGGAGGGGACCAGGGUCAGGAUGUCUGAAAGCAUCGCAAGGUCUCCUGGCCGUACCUGGAGCUGUGCGGAGCCGUGAGCGGUGGUUGGGGGCUUUAGUAGCUGCUGUUGGCAGGAGUGGUGGGGUGUUUACAGCUGCCCCUGCUCUGAGCAGUGCGGUGAUGGGAUGUCAUUCUCGUACAGCCACUCGCCCACAGUGACGUGUGACAAGUAAAUGACAAACUGCAGGCUGGGCAGGCAACAACUGACAGCACAAGCCCAAGGCUGGAAAGGCUGCUUUACUGGAGCUGUGAUUGCUCCACGUUGCUGUGGAGGGGCCUGGGAGCAGCCGUAGUCACCCCCUACCCCGGCCAAGAGACUGCGCUUGCUUCUGUCUCUGUACCCCAGCAAAGGCAAAGCGCUGCGGGGCAGCAGCACUGGUGAGGGUCCAUCUGGAGAGAGCACAAGCGCUUGGAUUUGCCUUAUUUCCCUUUCCCUCUUGGACACCCUUGAGAUGUCCAGCACUGCAGGUGGUGCAGACAGUGACCUUUUCACUUCUAACGGAAGCAGCCUCUGCCUGGCUCGCUCCCGUGGAGCACAGGGUCUAGUUUGUUGGCUGAUAUUUCCUUCCUCCCCUGGAUCGGGGUACUUGGAGCCCUUCAGCAUAUGGGAAGCCUGGUCUGGACAGGCUGUCUUCUUGCAUUCUUCUCUGUGCCUCCCAGACCUUCUCCCGCUGCCCCAGAGCCCCUUGCAGAUGGGGAGGGCUGGCCAGGAUGGCUCUGUUUACACAUCCUUGCUUGGAGCAUGAAGUAGCUGCCAACAAAUGGCUCAGGUUUGUCCAGAUAGAUUAGAUCUACCUUUACACUAGGCAAAAUCACCUCAGCCCACAGGUCUUCCAGCCACUGGAGGUUUCUUGCCAGAGCUAGAGUUUGCCCUCCUCCUCUUGGCUGUAAUAAGGUGAGCAGAGCCCUUCCUGAGGUUUCAAAUUGCCUGUGGAGAUAAUCCGGGCCCCUCCAGCUGUGCAGGACCAGCUGACGGGCACGGUGAUGGCUUUCCUUGACAUGUGAAUCUGUCUCUCUCUGCCCAAGGAGGCCAAGGCCAUAUGCCACCUACUCCAUGGCACUGGCUUUCUUGGCCAGCACUUUGGCAGGGAAGGGUUGAGCUCAGGUCUUUGUCAUCCACCCUUAUCCCUCUGCUCUGCUGUGCUUCAGCUGGACAGGGUUGCCCUGCAGGUUCAUAGAACCAUAGAAUCAUUAGGUUGGAAAAGACGUUUGAGAUCAUCAGUUCCAACCAUACCUGUCCACUAAUAAUUCAUACCCCUAAGCACUUCAUCCACCCAUCUUUUAAAUACCUCCAGGGACAGGGACUCCACCAUCUCCCUAGGGAGCCUCUGCCAGUGCUUGAUAACCCUUUUGGUGAAGAAUUUUUUUCCUAGUGUCCAAUCUAAAUUUCCCCUGAUGCAGCUUAAGGCCAUUCCCUCUCAUCCUAUCACCUGUCACUUGGGAGAAGAGACCAACACUCACCUCUCUACAACCUCCUUUUAUGUAGUUGUAGUGAGCAAUGAAGUCUCCCCUCAGCCUCCUCCAAGCUAAACACCCCCAGCUCCCUCAGGCCUUCCACCCGCCUUGCCUGGGGCUUUGUCAUCACCUAGAGCAUCUUCCACAAAGACCAUCCCAUGGAGAUGAUGCAUCUUGAUGUACAUUUGCCAUCAGCUGAGCUUCAUGCAGGGCUUUGCUGUCUGUAGAGACUCCACAUGGAUGCACAUCUGGAAAGUCUCCAUCUGCUGGUAAAUAUCUCCUGCACUGCAGGAGUCACGGGGAGGGCUCUGUGCUGGGUGGUGGACGGGUGAGAUGGCUGGAAGGACCCCUGGGUGAUUCCAAACAUGUGGGUAGUUCUCCUUAUCCAACUUGUGUUGCUGUCACUUGUUCCAGCCCAGAGGUGACAAUUGAGACAGCUUUUAGAGCAGGGCCUGCAAUUGGUACUUAAUGCUACAAUAACACUACGUUUGUUUAGCCCAUCGCACUUCAAAGCUUAAGUUGUUCCUUUUGUCUCCGAGCAUUUAAUAGCUGCUGUUAUCGAGCUGCCCAGCAACACACUGGGCUCUUUCCAGCGCGGUUAUAGAUGAUAGUGAAUCUGGCGAUACGCAGGAGUAGGUCAGAUGAUCCCUACGGUGUGUGUGAACUUCCAUUUAUCAACACCACGUUUCCCUUGCAGCGAAACCGGUCUCUGUUAGCAGUGAAUUCCCUCCACAGCUCCCUACAGCCUCUCUCAUCGACUAACCCAGAUAAUCCUCUGCUAUCUGCCACAUCUCAGUAGAUCUAUUAAACACACAGAACUUCUGGUGUCCUUGUGCGUAACCGGGCUAGGCUGUAAGAUUUUAAAUCCCCUUGUGCGGAAUAUUGUCAAAGUUUUAUUGGAAGUCUAAAUAAAUAAACCCCUUUUACUCAUCUAUUCCUCGGUGUUUUGGGAGGCCUUGUCUUUUUUAGAGGGGAGGUGUUGGAGCUCCCUUAUUGUCUUGGUUAGGAUCAGGGGUGAUGGGGCAGAGGUUAGGAGGUGAUACAGUGGAUCAUGGAACCAUAGAAUGGGUUGGGUUGGAAGGGACCGUAAAGCCCAUCCCGGUGGUUGGGUGUGGGAUCCCAGGAGCUUUGCACAGCUGGGGUUGGUCUGCCAGGAUCAAGACAGGCAGGGCUUCCGUUAGGGAUUCCCAGUCACUUACGUCCAUGCUGAAGAAACCAAACCUUUAGCCUUGCUACGUGUUCAAAUGCUCUUUGCCUGUGUCCUUCGGGAAUAUUCACAGGCGAUGUCAACCUUGGUUGGGCUCUGUCCUCUCCUCCACCUUGUCCUAGGAGGGCCAGCAGAGCAAGCAGCGCCGAUCGUGCUGGCAUUUCUCGUUACUUGUGUGUGGGUACCUGUCCCCCCCCUUCCCUUUUCUCACCGCAAAAGGCUCUACGGCUCGUGCAUGCCAAUGCAGACAUUGCAGGAGGAUGAUUCAGCACACGGCGCAGAAUUGCAGGUGCCUGAGAGAUUAUUCUGAGCAUCUCGAAGCAGCGCUGGGAAGUGACAGGGUGACCAGGGUCCCUGCACUCCUGCCUGUGUCAGACUCCUUCCCAGGUGUGUCUGAGCCGAGUAGGACACGGCCCUGGGACAGCCCGGCAUGCUGUCCACCGCUGUGUUCCUGCCUGACUGCUUUCCUUCUGCCAAAGCUCUGCAGCCCCUCAGGGAUGCUGAACUCCCCUUUCCCGUCUGCGCAGCCGGCAGCUCCCCUCGCCAAAGCGAUCAAACACCAUUGCCAACAUCCAGGUCACAAGCGCAUCCCUGGGGCUGGACUGAUGCCCUGUGAUGCCCAGGGGAGAGGUCUCCUGUUGGGACCAAUCGCUUCCCCUGGGCUGGGGAGGAUUACUGAGACCCGUAAUUUGAGGGGUCCCUAAUUGGUGUUGGUGUAAGUGUGAAAGCAGAUGGGUGUCUCCUGCAAUGGGAAGCGGAGUCUGAAAGCAACUGGGAUCAGUGGCUGCGGGGCAGGGGGAUAAAUGCACCCAGCAGCGGGCGAUGGGCUCCAACAGGGGCUGGAAGACCUGCCUGACCCCUGGGGACACUGCCCGAGCCCUUAGGGCUCCAACAUUGGCAACUCCAGUGCUCCUGGAUCUCCCAGAGCAGCUUUGCUGGCUUGGCCCUUUGCCCUCCAUGAGUCUUCUCCACUGGUGUCCUGCAGGAACCCACACUGAUGGGGUUUGGACAUCGCACGUGAGCUGCUGGGGGUCGGAGCCAGGCAGUUCAACCUUCGAGGUCCCUGUGCUGUGGGGACAGUCCCCAUAGAGCCACAGAAUGGGUUGGAAGGGACCUCAAAACCCAUCCAGUUCCAAGCCCCUGUCAUGGGCAGGGACACCUCUCACUGGAUCAGGUUGCUCAAAGCCCCAUCCAACCUGGCGUUGAACCCCUCCAGGGAUGGGGCAGCCACCACUGCUCUGGGCAACCUGGGCCAGAGCCUCCCCACCUGAACAGCAAAACAUUUCUCCGUAAAAUCUCAUCUCAAAUCUCCCAAUCCAUUCUCCUCCUGGCCUCUCCCUGCUUAUCAGUGGGUUGCUCCACUUUGUUCUGGCCCUGCCUGCCAGGCCAUGCUCCUCCCUGCCUUCACUGAGCUCUCUUUGCAGGUUUCCCUCUGUGCUCUGUGCUUGGGACUGCAUGGAUUGGGCAGACCUGGGCCAGUUUUCCGCUCCCAACCCUGUGCGAGUCUGGACUCGGUGAUCCUUGUGGGUUCCUUCCACACAGGACAUUCCAUGACUCUAUGAUUGGGCGCCUUGAUCCAGUGGGAGCUGUUGCUGAUGUGGCAGGGGGAUGGAACUGAAUGGGCUUUGAGGUCCCAUCUUACCCAAACCAUUCCAUGAUUCUAUCCUGGCCAGAAGGAUUGCCAGCCAGAUGCCUUGUCUUGGCAUCGGUGGCCAGUGGCAUUGGUGCCAAGCCAAGGGGAUCCAGAUUGAAACUCCCCUGGAGCAACAGGCAGGAGUGCCGCCGGCACCAGGGGUGGUUUGGAGGGCAUCUCCUGGGCUGCAAAGGGCCCUGGUCCACCUGUCUGCUCCAACGGCAAAGGGGGAGCACAGGGGAGAGCUCACGUGAGGCUGCAUCGCUACCCGGCCUCAGAGGAGGAGCAGUGGCGGAGCGGCUGUUGCUGGGCAGGAUGAUGGAACGAGAGGAUUAUGACGAGCGGUGUCACAGGGAGCGCUUUCCCCCCAGCUGGUUUGUUUCUUUUUUUUAUAAGCUCAGAUAAUGCAGAGCACAUCCAUGGAGUUUUCCUCUCAGAUUCCCCCCAAACCCCUUUCGUCUGUGAUGAAGCCUGAGCCGCUGCCAGCACAG